UGAAAAAUGAUUGACUCUAGUGUUGUAAUGGAUAUCAAGUCAUACAAACAAAUAUAUACAUUGCGUGUGAAUCAGAUUGACUCCAAAACAUUGGACAAUGAAUUGAUUGAUAUUAUUGAGUCCAAACUCUUUAAUAUUGAGAGUGAUUGGUUUAGCAGUUUAAGACCAGAAGUGAUGGCAGUCAUCAAGAUUUAUAUUUGGAUUAAUACAGUUCAGAGGACAGGCGUAUCCAUAGGACAGUCAUUAUUUCAAUUAAAAUAUUAUAACUUAAACAGUGAUAACAAUAUUAGAGACAAUCUUAAUCAAUAUCAAAGAUAUGGUAUAAUUUUGAUACAAAUAUUAUUUCCUUGGGUUAAGCAAAGGAUAAAUAGAGAGAACAUGAAGAAUAUGUUGGAAAAGACAGAAAAUGUUUAUAAAAGUUUGGAUUUUCUUAAUUCAUUGAUAUUCUUAUAUUAUGGCAAAUAUCGGUCACUUUGGGAACGAUUGUUGCGAUUGGGAACAGGAAUGCAAUCGGUUCGGCAAAACUGGUCUUCUGGUGGACUAUACUUAGAAAUAAUGAAUAGAGAACUCUUGUGGCAUACUUUUGCACAACUAUUGACAUUUGUAUUGCCAUUAAUAAACUUUUAUCGAUUGAAGAACUCAUAUCUUAAUGUUAUAAGACGUGUCUUUCCGAGUGAUGUCAAGACUGAAGAAAGUAAUGCAAUGAAGCGAAAGCUCGACGAUCUCAAGACAUGUAUUAUCUGUAAUGAAUGGCCAAUCAAUGCCCAUGAGAUUGGCUGUAGACAUGUUUUCUGUUAUUAUUGUCUUAUGUCUCGAUUCUUGUCUGAUGAGAUCCAUGGCUUUUCUUGUGAUAUUUGUUUUCAUAAAAUUAAAUCAAUAGAUUUGUUGGACUCAUUGGUGAUGACAUCAUAUCCGCCUUAA